GAGCAUACCUAGGUACCUGAAACAUUCAUGAAUCAUCAUCGAUUUCCACAAAUCAAGGCUAAAGCUUAUCGAUAACCCCCGCUAUGAAGUCCCACAACACCCGAGCUCCCUCUACCGGUAUCGACAUUCACUCGCAACGACCUUCCUCUCAGUCUUCACUUCUACUCAGAUACCUUCUCUCCAUAACCUCAACCUCAACCUCAGCCUCACUCUCAAUAACCUCAUCACGCCAACUGACUCUCGUCACACAGUUUGUAAAGUCCAAUAGAGUCAACUUAUUGCAGGAAUACAAACACAAGUUCAAAGAUUCAUACAAGCACUCGUAUCCAUAUUCGUAUCCCCAUUCCUUACCUUCCGGCCGACAACUACAACUACAACUCCAUCCAAAUCCAAACCUCAAUACAACCCCAAAUCUAUCACCCAAUCCAUCGUCACCAAUAGCAUCAACAAUUAUGGCAACUCCAGAUCAUUGUCUGUAUUGUUUCGAAGUUUUGACUGCUCAUCUCGAAAAACGACAACCCUUAGACUUGGAAAAGGUUCAAGAAUUAUGGACAUCUUACCCCAAAGGUCUCGAGUUACAAACCAGCGAAGAAGAGGAAGAAGAAGAUGUGAAUCUUCAAAUUACGGGUUCCCACCCACCAAAAACAAAUCCAAGACCCGAUCCAAAUUCAACCACAAAUUCAGCACGUCAUCCUAUUCUCCAACGAAUUACACGAUCUGCUUCUGGAACCAGCACACCAUCCUCUAGUUCCUCCUCCGAACGAACAUCAACCUCAAAUUCCACAUCUGCAACUACCCCCUCUAGUUCAACCACCUCAUUCACUCCCAUCGGCAUCUCCCCCACUCCCCGUCACACAACCCAACUCUCCCCUCCCCGCAGCCUCCGCGACUGGUCCACCCCCCUCUUUGUAACCUGGAAUACUCUCUCCUCUUCUUCGCAACCGCAUCAACAAUCACCUUCUCUACGCGGCUGCAUCGGUACUUUCUCCUCCGAACCCCUCCUCUCAUCUCUACCCGAAUACGCAUUAAUCUCCGCCCUGCACGAUUCCCGCUUCGAUCCAAUUACGCUGCGAGAACUCCCAACUCUCGAAGUUGCCGUUACUCUACUCACAGAUUUCGAAGAGUGUGAUCAUCCGCUAGAUUGGGACAUCGGAGUUCAUGGAAUCAGGAUUAGUUUUUAUCAUAAGAAUAAGAGGUUUGGGGCGUGUUAUUUACCCGAUGUGGCGGUGGAACAGGAUUGGGGAAAGGAAGAGACGGUUGUGAGUGCAAUGAGGAAGGCAGGGUGGGGAGGAAAGAGGGAGAAGUGGAGGGAAGUGAGUCAGUUGCAUGUGGUUAGGUAUCAAGGGAGAAAGGAGAGUGUUAGCUGGAAGGAAUAUAACGAGUGGAGGACUUGGGUACAGAAGACGGAUAAUAAGGCUGAAGCGAGGAAUUAGAGGCGAUGGAUAUUACACCUUCUAGACACUGGAGAUAGGAACAGGAUAGGGGAAAUCUCACUAUCAUCGAUUUAAGCGGGUGAUGGAAGUGCGCGGGAACAUGGAAUUAGGGGGAGCAUAAGACACAACAGACAAUGAUUUAUGACAGCAGAUAGAGAUCUAAUUGGGGGUUCUUUUAAUUUACUUUUUUUUGCUUCUAUUUAUUCUAUUUUAUUUAUUCCCUUCUUCCGCCAUCUACUUCUCUCAUACCUCGCCUACUCGUAGGAUACCGGAAUCGAUCA